CCUAUUUGGACUAGGGCCGAUCCCUUGGACCUGACGUCUCAGGCAAGAAUGUCAUGUGAUCCUUAUCAGGACUGAGUCAGCCACACGUCCCCCACCGUUGCUAUGGAGACUCCCGCGACUGUCAACACCAUAACUUGCUUUGGGGUAACAAAUCCACUUUCCGACCCAUGGAAAUAGAUAUCGAGAUCGGAUCCCCUCUUGUCAUCCUUCCAACAUCCCUUCGUUAUCCCUUCUCUCGUUGUCUGUAAACCUUUGGGUGUGUCUUUCAUAUCGCGGUAGCUGAAGUUGUGGCAUCGAUUUGGUGACACGCUCACAUUCCUGCAAACGAUCGACGAGGAACACGGACCAGGACUCGGUGUUUUCCCACUCGAAUCCUGGUAUCCAUUGAGACACAGAAAGACCUUGUCUUUGUUAUUGAUAUUGUCCCAACUCGAUACCAUUACAUCGCGCCGUUAAAGGCCCAUACACGUCAUAACAAUGGCUAGUGGACUUGGUCAACGGCCACUCUCCGAAGUGAGCCCUAUGGCACAACGACGCAAUUCGCCCAUCUGGAAUCAGACCACGAAGAUGCCACAGGGCGAGUCACCUGCCUUUGAUGUGUCUCCUCUGAAUAAAAAUGCCUCCCCACGUCUCUUCUGGAAAGGUCGCGAAUCACCCUCCCCCUUCGCAAAGGGCGCCGAAAACCUCGCCCCAUAUGAUCCGGAAGGUAUCAGCCUACCAGCGAAGCGCCCUUCCCUCGAGGACCUCAAGCGUGCCUCGCGUGUCAAGAAUUAUAGCAUGUUGCAGAGUGGGCAAGAAUACGAUCCAGCGCAAGUGUCACUUCCUCACAGACCCCUAGCGAACGAUCGAUCUGCGCACCGAGAAAGUCAAAUGAAUCUUGCAAAGUCUCAGCUUCCCGAUGAGUGUAACAUGGAGCCCACACCAAGACCUGUCUCUCCCAGCAAGGACCAGCCGUCACCGGGCAAAUCGUCGUUAUCCAAAGGCAGUCGAUACGGAAAGGGAUUCGACCCUCAGAAUGAUAUCUGGUCAGAGUAUGAUAGCGCUGGCCACCGGCAUGCCAAGAGUGUCACAUUUGAUGUUGCGCCUCCUCAAGUCAACGAAUAUGAAUUGCGCACUCCGGACCUUGCGUCUGUUGCCUCCGGCUCGCGUGAGAACAGUUAUGAUUCUGAAGAGGAGGGAGACAUCAGCUUUGACCAUGAUACAUCAUUCGAGCGUGAUGACAGUUUUGAUGCAUCCCUUGAAGAUAUUGAAAAGACGCCUGUUGUUCUACCCGAGGAUUGGCGGUUCAUGACUCCUGACAGUGAGAAUGGCGAUGAAGAAGAGUCCUUCGCUGAGUCAGUCGAGGAUCACGUCGCGGAUGAGCGCCCAGUAUCGCGUGAAGGUGGAACCUCAAGUCACACACGUGUUGAGUCCCUCGACUCGAACGGAGAGCGGCGUCCGCUGCCUCCAUUGCCUUCUUUGUCACGCCUGUCUCUGUCGGGGCCAUCCUCGCCCGGGAAGCUUGCUGCCGCUUUCGAGCUGGGCUGUGCUGGUCACCGCUCUCUACCUGCUGCGCCUGCCGGCGCCUCUUUCAAUAAGGCCGACAUCAAUGGUUCCAUGUCCCUGGAGGACCGGCUCCGGCUCAUGAUGCUACAGGAGAAGAAGGCCGAUGAGAAGGCUAAUGACGGCGACGCUGUCGACGAAGAGCCUACUAAGGCGUCUGAUCAUGUUGGUGACGCUGACAUGGACAAUGAGACUGAAGGAAACGAGUUACCCAAGGAUGACCUGUUUUCCCCCCCUCGAAUCUCUCGUGACUCGAUCCUCCGAGACAUCCGCAAAGGGGAGAGCUACGAUGAUGAUGAUGUCUUUGGAGAGGACUCUCAACUUGCCUCGAGCCCCAAUCCGUACGAGCAUUACGACCCCGAUGUCCCUAUUCCGUCCUUGGAAGACGACGAUGACGAUGACUCUUCCAGCGUGAUCAUCAAGGAAGAGGCUCGCGACGAUUCACUUUACACGAUUACAGACUAUUAUCAGCAUCUUUCCGAUAACAGCUUGUCAUCCAGGGAUCAGCGAGCGACAUACGAUGAUGACAGCAACUACUCGCUGCGCUCUGCUGCCGAAGCGGCCGCUCGCAAUGCCGCCAACAAGGGAUCCGGCGAGACCACCCCUACCGCUGAAGAGCCAAUGGAAUUUUCGUCACAUGAGCUGAGCAAGGAAGAAGAGGCUCCUGAGUCUGGUAACAGCCACCCGCUUGAUAUGACCUCAAUCCGCCAAUCUCUGGGUCGUCCGGUGACCCCCGAGAUCAAGGAGGAACCAAUCUCGGAGCCGUCUACUCCUGACUCUGUCAUUCGGCAUCCUGUCGAGGGCGAAGAAGAGCAUGCUGAGGACGAUUACCAAGAGGAUAACGUCAGCUCCUCGGGCGAAUCUAUCCCUGAACCUGUCGCGACUAUUCGCGCGCCUGGUGCUGGCCUUAAAACUCGGCCAUCACUAACUCCGGCGGAUAUGGAGUCGAUGGCUGCUACUCGUCGCAAGAUCAGUGGUCAAUACCCGCCUCCCAUGCCAACACUGACAAAGCAGGUCUCGAAUGAAUCGGAGAAAUCCGAUUGCGAGGACAAACCGACCGACCUCCCACCGCAGCUGUCCUUGCCCCCCAGCCUUACACAACGACAGGCUAGCCUGAUGAAACUCGAUAUUCCGUUUAGCAUCCAGGAGGAAAGCCUUGGCUCCGGCCUGAGCAAAGAGUUUGAUCGUGUCAUUGAGUCCCAAAAGAGAGGCUACCUUAUGAGACAAAACACCAAGGUUGUCAUUGCCAGCAACCGAAAUGAAGAGGACCCUACCCUCGCCGCCGACUGCGCUAAUGAGGAUCUCCGCGGCACACGUUCAGCAGGCUCCUCCCCACGCAAAGCGAGCCAGCAGACCUGGACGACGGUUCCAUGGAACAGCCAGGCUCGUCGACCCAGUGUGAAGCUGACAGGCGGCAUCCCGAAGAAGAAGCCCGUUGCGGGUUCAGUCCCUCCUCUUCCCGGCCACCAGAGCAACGUGCAGGAGCCUCCUGCGACCAUCGAUGAAAAUGAGCCUCUGGUCAGCGAGGCAUAUGAAGAGGGGGAGGAACGUGGUCGCCUCUUUGUUAAGGUGGUCGGCAUCAAGUAUCUUGAUCUGCCUAUGCCCCGUGGCGAGCGUUCAUACUUUGCGCUCACCUUAGACAAUGGUCUUCAUUGUGUGACAACAUCGUGGCUCGAACUGGGCAAGUCUGCUCCUAUCGGUCAGGAGUUCGAACUCAUUGUGCAGAAUGACCUCGAGUUCCAACUCACCCUGCAAAUGAAGGUCGACGAGACCAAGUUCUACCCCCAGGAUAUCCCCGGAUCACCUCGCCAGAAGACGUCGGCCCUCAGUCGUGUAUUUGCUUCCCCUCGUCGCCGCAAGGAACUCGACAUGAAGCAGCAAAUUCAGUCGCAGCAGCAAAAGGCCAACAAUGUCAAUGCUCCGGUCUAUGAAAGACUGCGAAACCUGGUUGCCCGUGACGGUAGCUUCGGAAGAGCCUAUGUUGCAUUGAGUGAUCAUGAAAAGAUGGCCUUUGGUCGCCCCUACACAGUCGACGUUGCUUGCUUCAACGAGUGGGCUGUAGAUGAGCAACCUAGCAGCGUAAAGAGCAAGAAGAGCGCCACUAGUGUGGCUGCCCAGCGUCGGCCGCCUUACAAGAUUGGCAAGCUGGAGUUGCAAUUGCUGUUUGUCCCCAAGCCUAAAGGGAGCAAGGAUGAAGACAUGCCCAAGAGCAUGAAUGCUUGCAUUCGUGAAAUGCGGGAUGCAGAAAGCCUUGCCGCUCGUUCCUGGGAAGGCUUCCUUUCGCAGCAAGGUGGAGACUGUCCCUACUGGCGUCGUCGUUUCUUCAAGCUCCAGGGUUCGAAGCUGACUGCUUACCACGAGACUACCCGCCAGCCUCGCGCUACCAUCAACCUGGCUAAGGCCUCCAAACUCAUCGAUGACCGCCCCUCUCUGACGCAAAAGGAGACCAGCACUAAGGGUGGUGGUCGCCGCAAAUCUGCCUUCGCCGAGGAGGAGGAGGGCUACAUGUUCGUGGAGGAAGGGUUCCGCAUCCGGUUUGGCAAUGGUGAAGUGAUCGACUUCUAUGCCGAUUCUGCCACAGAAAAGGAUGGCUGGUUGAGAGUCAUGUCAGAGGCCGUGGGCAAGGGGUCCUCGACUGGUAGUGGUGCGAUCAAGCCUUGGGCCGAUCUCGUUCUCAAGCGUGAGAGCAGCAUGAAAGCUCGACGUAAGACUGCGGACCGCCUUCAUCCUAGCGGUAUCCCAGUCGCUCCGGCAUCACCAGUUGGAAAACGCCCCAGUGGAGUUGGAGCACCGCCAUCUUCUGCGGGCAAUGGGGCGCAGGCGCCCCAGUCCCCUCGACCCCGACACAAGCACACGUACUCUCAACCCGAGCUACCGAGUGCCGAAGCUCGCCGCCAGAAGACCCGCUCCCUCCUGUUCUAAGGGACUACCAGAAUGACCGCUAUGAACCAAAGCUUCUCUUCACUUCUCUUGGACAUGAUGUCAAGUUGUCACAAUAACCUUUUUGAUUCCCCUUUGUGGAUGUCCGUCCAUACUACUAUUCUUCUGUCAUGGAGAGCCAAUUUCCUUUCCUGUCAUUUGGUCUUUCCUUCACGGUGCCGGCGUGUACGAUGCAAUCCUAUUUCUUGUGUUUUUCCUUGCUCUGUGUUCUUAUCCUGACCAAGGCUUUGUGCGUGCAGCAAUGCUAUGACCCCCGGACUUCAGGACACCUCCAGACAAUUUCCCUUUGAGAUCCUGUUGUACUUUUAAUGAGACAUACGCCUCCUGGUUUUUCUUCGUUUCUCGAGUUGAUAGUUACUGCUUACAAAUUUGAUUGUUACUGCAUCGAUCUUGUGUCAAAAUCUUCGUGUAGUGGUAGGCAGCACGAUUCAUUGGAUUGCGCCUUAAGUGCUCUUGGUGCUCUUAACUGUACGAAUCACUGCC